UCUGGUCACCUACUGUACUGUUUGCAGUCUCUGAUCAUCUCCUGUACUGUCUGCAGAGUCUCUGGUCAUCCCCUGUACUGUGUCCGCAGUCUCUGGUCAUCUCCUGUACUGUCUGCAGUCUCUGGUCAUCUCCUGUACUAUGUCCGCAGUCUCUGGUCAUCCUCCUGUACUGUGUCCGCAGUCUCUGGUCAUCUCCUGUACUGUGUCUGCAGUCUCUGGUCAUCUCCUGUACUGUGUCUGCAGUCUCUGGUCAUCUCCUGUACUAUGUCCGCAGUCUCUAGUCAUCUCCUGUACUGUGUCCGCAGUCUCUGGUCAUCUCCUGUACUGUGUCUGCAGUCUCUGGUCAUCUCUGUACUGUGUCCGCAGUCUCUGGUCAUCUCCUGUACUAUGUCCGCAGUCUCUAGUCAUCUCCUGUACUGUGUCCGUAGUCUCUGGUCAUCCCCUGUACUGUCUACAGUCUCUGGUCAUCUC